AUGGUCGCAUGGCAUAAACCUCCCGCAGGUUCGCUUAAGCUAAACAUUGAUGGUGCUUUUAGUAAAAACCUUAACCUAGCAGGCUUGGGAGGCUCCUUCAAGGACGAUCACGGCCAAUGGAUUAUGGGCUAUCAACAUCAUUGCCCAGCUUCAUUACCCCUUCAGUGUGAACUGGAGGCUCUAAAGGAAGGGCUACAAAUAGCUUUAGCUCAUGGUUUCACUUCACUAGUUAUAGAAACGGACUCUACGGAGGUGGUUUAUAUCUCACUAUUCUUGAGCCGAGGGUCUACUGAAAACAAGCUCUCUACCUCUCUAAAGUGGUUUAUGCAUCGUCUGAAGGAGCCGAAAAUUCUCCAUAACUUUAGAGAUGGGAAUCAAGUGGCACAUGGACUGGAUAAGGAAGCUCUAGAAAAGCGCAUGGAUCAUCAGCUACUAGAUAGGCCCCAUACUAUUAUCCUAAAUAAGCUAGAUGCAGAUAGGAUGCUAUGUUUAUUUUGUUAA